AUGAAGACCCUAAAAUAUGACUGUUCUUCGGGUCCUGACCAAAUCCCAACUAAAUCUGUCAAACUAGUGGCUGAGUAUCUGGCAGAACCUCUGACUAUUGUAAAUGGCUGUAUAAUUAAUGCAUACUUUCCGAAGUUAUGGAACAUCGCCAGAGUCUCGACCAUACCCGAGGUAGACAACCCAAUAACCAACGAUCAAUUCAGGCCUAUCUCGACUACUAGUGUUAUCUAGUCAGGUGUUUGGAAAACUUGUUGGCUUGCAGAUGUCGGAUUUCGCAGAUGGCGCCUCUCUUCCUCACAACAGCAUUUCCAGUUUCCGCAAAGGAUGUUCGACCACAACUGUCCUCCUAGGUACAAGAGACGAUAUAAAGCGCGCCAUGAAGAGGAAAGAGGUGAUUGUUAGUUCUUGCUGAUUUUUCUAAAGCUUUCGACACAGUAUGCUUCAACAGGACCUUAAAGACACCGCAUAAAGUGGAUUUCUCUUCGGACUAUCUAAGAUGGCUAUUGAGCUACCCAUCUGGUCGAACACAGUUUGUGCGAAUUGGUGAUGUAAAAUCAUACCUUAAAUCCUCUUAGUUUGGUAUACCUCAAGGGUCUAUCCUUGAACCUAUCAUGUUCAACUUGUAUGUGUCAGAUCUACCUGAUAACCUCUAUCCAUCUUCAAGAUGUUCCCAGUAUGCAGACGAUACAUCCCUCUAUAAACACACUGUGCUGUCGAGGAACUAG